UAAAGUGAUUGUACAUUGAAGUUUGAAUGGAUAUUGUGCCUGUGAACAAGUUGUUGCAAAAGUAGGCUGUACUGAAUACAACCAUUACUACAGUGUAAAGUCUGGUCGUUCAUAUUAUAUACUUUCAUUUUAAUUGGCAAGACACCAUACCAUAAAAUGACCAAAAUGACACCAUACCAGUGUCUUGUGCAAUACACACGAAAGUUCAUGUAGCACUGUAGACUGCAAGACAAAAUUGGAAUAGGCUGAUAAGAACUGUAGGACUGCAAAAGUUUUAUUCAGCCCGCCUUGUGAACAUUUUACAAGGGAUAAAAUCAAACAUGGCGUCUCAAGGUGGAGUUUGCCGACACUAUACCGUCUUUCUAUUGCUUCUGUUUCUGGUCUUCACUCACAAAGGAGGUUUGGCCCUAAACCUGCGGAACAAGCCAACUGCUCAGAGUACAGAUUAUGCAAGUAAUUUUCGAUCCGGGAAGGCAGUAGACGGCGAUCGAGGAACCCUCGCACACACACUUGAAGCCCCGAAUCAAUGGUGGAGGGUGGACCUUGAGGCUAACUACUGCUUGACGAAAAUUACAGUCGUCAACAGAAAUGACGUAGAAAUAUGUCCCCUCUGUCCCCUGCGAUUGGAAGAGGCUGUAGUGCGAGCUGGUUUGAGUUCAGAUAUUUACCAGAACACUCCGAUUGGAGAUCCAGUCACGCGUGCCCAAGCCGAAGGCCUAGACAUUGACUUCAUAGUGGACCCCGUCGUCUUCGCUCGGUACGUCAGUGUGGAACUGAAUAAAACAGAGUAUCUUGCUCUGGCUGAAGUCAUGGUGGAGGUAAUCCAAGACAAUCAGGAGGCGCCUACUGUUGCAAGCGGCGUGGAUUUUACUCUUGUUGCUAAUCCUGCUCGGCUUGGAGCAACAGGCAACAAUGGUGCAUACUUGGGAGCCUUCAAAAGUCCAACAGACAUCGCCGCUGCUGUCUCAUUCGGUCGCCAAUUGACGACAGGAGGGAGCAAUGACAACCUCCCUACAGGAUCGUAUGAGAGGAAUGGUGGUGCCCAAUUGGGAUGUACAGGCAGGUAUCUUAGCUUACCACAAGAUGGUGGGAUUGACAGAACGGGUGUCUUCUACGGCACUGCAGCUUUAAACGGCAUGGCUACCACGAUACGCACAGUGAUUCUACGCAAAGACGGCACAAUUCACACACGCCCGGUUCAGCAAACACAGACAGCAAGUAUCGGAGAGUCAGUUACUCUGCGGAUGGAGAGUGUGAAUCCACCGAACUCCAACUACAGAUGGAAGCACAAUGCAGAUAGCGUGCGUAAAUGGGAUGGCAUGCUGAGCGUGGCUAUCGGGAAUGUCAGCAAGGCCAAUGAGGGGAUAUACAGCUGCUUCAUAGAUGGUGCAGAAAACCAGCAACGUCAUGGCUUCAUGAGACUCAUCGUAAGAGAAUGCGCAGCUGGUAUGUGGGGCCCGUCUUCAUGUCAGAACACCUGUCGUCGAUGCUACAAUGGAGGUAUCUGUGAUGACAAGACCGGAACGUGUAUCUGCGCUCCAGGAUUCAGUGGAGAAUAUUGUCAGCAAGUUCACGGGCGUCAUGCUUUUGGACAGAAUCCUAGUCAUAUCUGCUCUAGCACUGACGUUUGCCGGGGUCGUUUGUUCUGUUCUCCUGAUCCUUACGGAUGCUCCUGUGCUGCUGGGUAUAUGGGACUAGACUGUAUGCAAGACUGUACUGAAGGGAAGUAUGGAGCCGACUGUAAGCAGACAUGUCACUGUCCAUCUGGAGAUUCCUGCGAGAAGGAUACGGGAGAAUGCACCGGAUAUUGCACACCACCAUAUUUUGGAAGUAACUGCCAGUGUUCUUCUGACAAUGGCGUUCUGGGGCUAAAGGUGAUUUCAGACGAUCCUCAUCAACUACAAGUUACCUGGCAACCAGAUCCAUGUGUCUCUGGCUACAUACUGGAGUAUGCCUUGACAAACAGGGGCCAAUGUGAAGAGAUUGAAUCUCCACAGCGGGUAUCACUUCCAGGUCCACUCGAUGGUCAAACUACCAGUCAUGUCAUCACUGGUUUGAUAUCUAGUUCAACCUAUAUGGUGUACAUUCGCCCACAGUACAAUGGUACGCAAGGACCUGAAGCGUCGACAUCAGGAACCACACUUACAGAAAUUAUUUCCUUACGGGUAAUGGUGACUUCUUACGAUUCUGCCAGUGUCACACUCAGCUGGCGUGAGGUGUACUGUGCCAACUACUCCGUCCAGUACGCACUGCAAAACAAAGAGGGUUGUGAAACUAUUGACCCGCUAAACUUCACCCAGCACUGCAUGUGUUCUGGAACUAAUUCGACGGUAAUACCUGGUCUGUUUGCCAAUUCGAUGUAUGAGAUACGAGUCAACGCCUAUGUGGAUGGAAGCUACGGACCAACAACACAACUAACAGUUAUAACUGGCACACAAGUGCCAUCUGCACCACCACAGCAAGUUACCGUCACUUCAACAACAAAAAGCAGCCUGACUUUCUCCUGGAGUCAGCCAGCGUGUGGAAGCCGAGGUGGCAUCAUCACAAGCUACUCGUACAAGCUGAGUGGACCAGGGUCACAACUCAUCUUAGAUGUAUCAACAGCCGAACAAGUUGAGAUAGAUGGCUUAAUCCCCUUCACUAACUACAGUUUUCAAGUUGCUGCAAACACCAGUGUUGGGGCAGGGCCCUACAGUGACGUUGUCGAUCAGAGAACUGAUGAAGCAAAACCCACAGCACCCUUGAAUGUCGUCAUUCAGAACAUUGAUGACGUAUCCAUCACACUCAAAUGGUCAGAGCCCAACCCUCCCCAAGGAAUCAUCACUAAUUACAACGUGAGGUAUUGGAGGAGUGGUCAGUCAGGGACCCCAACACUUAUCUACGAUGUGGUGCAAGUAAUGCAUGAGAUAACGGGUCUUGAAACUGGUGUGACAUACUUCCUGCAGGUGCAAGCCCACACGUCAGUUGGUGCAGGACCCUGGAGUAAUGAAGUGACUGCAAUGACCACAAUACGAGAUUGCAUACCACCAUAUUUUGGAAGAAACUGCCAGUGCUCUUCUGACAAUGGCGUUCUGGGGCUAAAUGUGUUUUCAGACGAUCCUCAUCAACUCCAUGUUUCCUGGCAACCAGAUGCAUGUGUCUCUGGCUACAUACUGGAGUAUGCAUUGACGAACAGGGGCCAAUGUGAAGAUAUUGAAUCUCCACAGCGGGUAUCACUUCCAGGUCCACUCGAUGGUCAAACUACCAGUCAUGUCAUCACUGGUUUGAUAUCUCGUUCAACUUAUAAGGUUUGCAUUCGCCCUCAGUACAAUGGUACGCAAGGACCUGAAGAGUCGACAUCAGGAACCACACUUACAGAAAUUAUUUCCUUACAGGUAAUGGUGACUUCUUACGAUUCUGCCAGUGUCACACUCAGCUGGCGUGAGGUGUACUGUGCCAACUACUCCGUGCAAUAUGCACUGCAAAACAAAGAGGGUUGUGAAACCAUAGACCCGCUAAACUUCACCCAGCACUGCAUGUGUUCUGGAACUAAUUCGACGGUAAUACCUGGUCUGUUUGCCAAUUCGAUGUAUGGGAUACGAGUCAACGCCUAUGUGGAUGGAAGCUACGGACCAACAACACAACUAAGUGUUAUAACUGGCACUCAAGUGCCAUUUUCACCACCACAGCAAGUUACCGUCACUUCCACAUCAAAAAGCAGCCUGACUUUCUCCUGGAGUCAGCCAGCGUGUGGAAGCCGAGGUGGCAUCAUCACAGGCUACUCGUACAAGCUGAGUGGACCAGGGUCACAACUCAUCUUAGAUGUAUCAACAGCCGAACAAGUUGAGAUAGAUGGCUUAAUCCCCUUCACUAACUACAGUUUUCAAGUUGCUGCAAACACCAGUGCUGGAGCCGGGCCGUACAGUGACGUUGUCAUUCAGAGAACUGAUGAAGCAAAACCCACAGUGCCCUUGAAUGUCGUCAUUCAGAACAUUGAUGACGUAUCCAUCACACUCAAAUGGUCAGAGCCCAACCCUCCCCAAGGAAUCAUCAGUAAUUACAACGUGAGGUAUUGGAGGAGUGGUCAGUCAGGGACCCCAACACUUAUUUACGAUGUGGUGCAAGUAAUGCAUGAGAUAACGGGUCUUGAAACGGGUGUGACAUACUUCCUGCAGGUGCAAGCCCAGACGUCAGUUGGUGCAGGACCCUGGAGUAAUGAAGUGACUGCAAUGACCACAAUACGAGAACCUGGACCCAUCCAGUAUCUUCAUUGGACAGACAGAACUGAAUACACAAUCAUCUUGGACUGGGAGCCGCCGCUGAAUCCUAAUGGACAAAUACAAAGAUAUAUAGUGGAGUACCGAGCGACAGACAAGCCUCAUCAACCUGGUUUCACUUCACCUGACGAAUACGAAAGGAAUGAAGUGGAGAGUCCGCCAUUUGUGAAAGAAAAUCUGGAGCCUGGUACAAAGUAUGAGUUCAGAGUGGCAGCGGAGAAUCAGUUGUUCAAAGGAAGUGCUACAGUUUUGGAAGCUUAUACCAAACCACCGUCAGAUCUUCAUGCACCGCCUCAACCGAUUUCAUACCAAGGAGACGCCACAGAUACUACCGUCACUAUUGGUAUAACUACCGCAGUAUCUGGUGAUGACUUCAUUGAAUCGUACGUCGUUCAUGUCAAGAAGACCAGGUCUUCAUCUGUGACAAGGCGAGAUGUUCUUAUUCCAAGCCAUUUCGAGGAUUCCCCCAGUGACUACAUAACAGCGGAACUCCCUAAUGGGGGCGUGCCCGACAGAUUUGUAGUUGGGGACACCAACAUGUACGGUGGUUACUAUAACGCCCCGCUGCAGACGGGUGCUGUGUACAACAUUCGUGUUGGGUCUGUCAGUAAGGGAAACGAAUCGGUGGCCAAUGUGGAAUUUUCAGAGCCACUGACUAUCAAAGUUGAGCGACCGAGUUCCAAUCCAGGGCCUAUUAUCGCUGCUGUUGUAAUUAGCAUUGGCCUCUUGGUUGUACUUCUCGUUGCCGCAUUCAUCUUGUGGAAAAAACGUAGUGCGGCUCGCUCACAGCAAACUGCGACCGACGAACUGGCUCUAUCUGAAAAUCCGAAACCUACUAACAAUAAUUUGGAGUCGCUGCAUGCGGACAACAACGACCCUGAUGUCUAUGAAGUUGUUGCGAUUCUUCCAAUUUGGGCGUCUGAACUGGAAAUCAAAUGGGACAAUUUCAUCAUCGAUGAUGAGAUUCUUGGCAAGGGUAACUUUGGCGAGGUACGGGCAGGAUGCGUGAAGAUUAAAGGCCAGGUCACCAAAGCAGCCAUCAAAACAAUAAAAGGAAAUGCUCACGAAUCUGCAUGGGAAGACUUUAUGAAGGAGUUACGGACAAUGACAGGCAUUGAGCCCCAUCCUAAUGUCGUUGGUCUACUGGGUGCAUGCAUGCACGAAGCGAUUCUGUACGUGGCGCUUGAGUUUCUACCUAAUGGCAACCUCCGGGAUUAUCUGAGGAGUACUCGCCCUAAGCAGCAAGGGGCAGCUGGCUCUCAAGAUGAUGUGUCGCCGCUGACUUCUUCCAACCUGCUCAAGUUUAGUCUGGAUGUGGCCAAAGGAAUGGAACAUCUGUCCAACACGGGGAUAAUCCACCGUGACUUGGCUGCAAGGAACAUCCUUCUCUCUGAAGAUCUGACCGCCAAAGUGUCUGACUUUGGCCUUUCCAGAGGAGAAGAAAUAUAUGUCCAGAAAUCCUCGACCGGGAUUCCCGUUCGCUGGUUGGCCAUCGAAUCUUUAACGCGUCGUGUCUACAAGUCCAAGAGUGAUGUGUGGUCCUUUGGCAUCUUACUGUGGGAGAUCGUUACAUUCGGAUCCACUCCGUACCCUGGUAUUGAUAACAAGUCACUGGUCCAUAGACUGCUGGAUGGAUACCGCAUGCCCAAGCCAGAAAACUGCGCUGAUGAAAUUUACGAUGUGAUGUUGAAGUGCUGGCAUGUGCAACCUAGCAACCGUCCCAGUUUCAGCGAACUGGUCGAAAUUCUGGAGGAAAUGACCUGCAAUCCGGAUGUAAAUGAUUACUUGUCACCGACUGUCUACUAUAGUUUCACCAUCAAGCCCGAGUUUGACGAUAACUAGACGAAGGCGAUGAUCGCUCACAUGGCAGCUUAGUCAAUAUCUCUAUGUGUUGGUAUAAUAUGACAUAUUGAGCAUAUUGAGUUCAUGUAUUCUAGUAUUUAGAAUAAAUUGUUCUGUGCAGGGUGUCCCCCAAACAGUGGUGCAAGCAGAUAUCCUUAAUUUCUCAAAAUUGCUUAACAUGAGUAUUAUCUUGAUGGAGCAUAGUAACUAUAUACUCGUGUGUAUAUUCAGUAACUGCCAUGGAAAUCCAUAUAUGAAAACCAGAGAUCUUACAGAUUGUAAAAUGCCAUGGGUUUUUCACCCAUCCCAAUGGGACAGGAUUUGCACGGUUAACUUAACUUAUAUCAGAUUGAAAAUGCCCGUGACAAUCUGAUACCCCUAUAUCACUAACUGUGUACAUUCCAUCGGAAUGGGUGAAAAACCCAUAGCCUUUACACUAGAUCUCUGGUUUGCACGAACGGACUCACUGAUUGUACACAGGAGUAUAAUUAAUAUGCUCCAUCAAGAUGAAAUACUGGUUCUCAUGUUAAGUAGUUUUUGAGACUUUUUGGUGGGACACCCAGUAGUUAUACAAUUUCGGUAAAUAAAAAGAAAAAUGAGGAAGAUGUGCCUACACCAUUAAUAAGCGAUACUGGUCUGCUUCACUUGUUAGAUCAUUUGCGAUACGAUACCUUCCACUUUGAUGUUUGGGAUUAUAUCUUUAAAUGAAAAGAAACUUAACAAGGGUACAGAAGCAUUACAUAUACUGUGUUUUUAAAAUAUUUUUAACUGUAAAAUAACGAAACAGCAUGACUCCGUUUUGGUGAAAUGGAGGCAUUGUUCGACUUAACAAUGAAUUUUUAACAAUACAAACAACCGAGAAAAAUAUAUCCGAUUUUUUUUUUUUAUUUCUUUAUGCUUACGAUAGAAUUACUCAGUUCCAUGAGGAAUGCACACGCUCUGGAUGUACACACCUUGUAAUUUAAUUUUAAAGCAACUUAAUAUCAAAUUGUAACGCCGACCAAAAAAAUCACAUGUUUAAUUGAAAAGGAAAAACAAUCUUUUAAAUAAAACAAACUUUAGGGGAUCACUGAGGACCGGAAAAAGGUAUGACGCUGAGUUGACUACAUCUGAGAUAUGUUUAAGACGUCCAGUGGUUUCAGUCUUAUACAAUGUGCUUAAUACAUUUGUCUUUCGUUCUUUCAAUGUUCGUGACCAUGAGCUCUUCAAAAAAGAAAUAAGUACACAAACGUAUCACGUGUGGUAGGGGAAAGCUCCUUGAUAUGAAAUUCAACUUUGUUUUUGGUGCGUUUACUAUAUUAUAGACUAAGAGAGUAUUAUCCAGAAGUUAGGUAGAGUAGAAGUUUUCAAAAUGGUUACUUAAGAUGGUAAGUUUAUCCAAACAUGCAUACUCAGUCUAAGUGCUGUCAUUUUGGCAUUUCUAAUAACGUAGGCCUACUUAUUAUAUGCAAACUUGGCGUAAAGGUUUACAGUUUUGUAUGCAAUUUAUACACGUGUUUUAUUUACGAUAGUAAUUAAGAAUGAUAAGAAAGUAGGGCAUAAGUAAUAAUUUCCACUGACCCAAGAGAGAGUUUGACACUGAGCUACAAUCCUGGCCAAAUCUCGCUGCCCCCCCCCCCCAGCCCCCGUUCAAUGUUGUCUCUCAUUGCGCGGUG